GCUGGAAAAAACACUCGUUGUGGUUGUACUGGGCUGUGGGGAUUGCAACAUCGUCCGUCCUGUUGCUACCUAUCAGAUGUGAUCUCACCAAUGUCUUACUGCCUGGUUCAGAGGAGCAGCACUGACCGGAGGGAGACUCUACAUGUUUACAGGAACAAAUAUACCGAUUGAUCUUCUACAAGUCAGCAAAUAAACACUGGAGUAAUGGAGGAUCUGAGGCAGAAGGUGGGAGUCAUGUCACAGACAAUAUGCCCAAGUUCACGGGCUCCGUCUGACGAGGACUUAAAGGCCCCAAAAGUAGAGAAAAUGCAGAUGAAGAGAGAAAUCUCACUCAUAAAUGGAAUCUGCCUCAUUGUGGGAAACAUGAUUGGCUCUGGGAUCUUCGUCUCACCGAAGGGUGUGCUCAUGUACUGUUCCUCUUACGGGCUGUCGUUGCUGAUUUGGGCUGCUGGAGGAAUCUUCUCGGUGUUCGGCGCUUUGUGCUACGCAGAGCUCGGCACGACCAUCCCCAAGUCUGGAGCCAGCUACGCCUACAUCCUGGAGUCGUUCGGAGGCUUCCUCGCUUUCAUCCGCCUGUGGACGUCCAUCCUGCUGAUCGAGCCGGCCAGCCAGGCUGUGAUUUCACUGACCUUCGCCAACUACCUGGUGGAGGCUUUCUACCCAACCUGCCAGCCGCCGUACGAUGCUGUCCGGCUUAUAGCUGCAGCCUGCCUCUGUAUGCUCAUCUUCAUCAACUGUGCCUAUGUGAAGUGGGGGACUCGUGUCCAGGACCUUUUCACUUACACCAAACUCAUGUCGCUCUGCCUCAUCAUCGUUAUAGGAAUAAUGAAAAUAUCUACUGGAGAAACAAAGAGCUUCGACAGUCCGUUUGAGGGCUCCACCACAGAUCCCGGAGCCAUUGCUUUGGCCCUCUACUCAGCUCUGUUCUCCUACUCCGGCUGGGAUACACUCAACUUUGUCACUGAGGAGAUUAAGAAUCCAGAGAGGAAUCUGCCCCUGGCCAUUGCCAUUUCCAUGCCCAUAGUAACUAUCAUCUACCUGCUGACCAACGUGGCUUACUAUGUGGUUCUGGACAUGCCGUCUCUGCUGUCCAGUGACGCCGUUGCCGUGACUUUUGGGAAUGCAGUUCUGGGGCCCUUCAAGUGGAUCAUCCCUGUUUCAGUUGCCAUGUCCUGCUACGGAGGACUCAAUGCUUCUGUCAUUUCUGCCUCACGAUUGUUUUACGUCGGAGCCAGAGAGGGCCACCUCCCCAACAGUCUGAGUCUGAUUCACAUGCAACGCUACACACCCAUACCUGCACUGCUGUUCAAUGGGUUGAUGGGUCUGAUCUUCCUGUGUGUGGAGGACGUGUUCCAGCUCAUCAACUAUUUCAGCUUCAGUUACUGGUUCUAUGUGGGUCUGUCUGUGGCCGGCCUCAUCUACCUGCGCAUCACUCAGCCAGACAGACACAGGCCUGUGAAGUUGACCUUGUUCUUCCCCUUCGUCUACUGUCUGUGUAGCCUGUUCUUAGUCAUCGUCCCUCUGUACUCAGACACCAUCAAUUCUCUCAUAGGAAUUGGCAUUGCACUGUCCGGGGUGCCGGUCUACUACCUGGCCAUUUACCUACCUGACGAGAGGAGGCCCAAAUUUGUUAAAAAGUUAAACGCCUUUGUCACCAGAUACACCCAGAUGCUGCUCUACUGCUGCCUGACUGAAUUUGACACUGAGACAGAAGCAGAAGCAGGCGGUAAAACGCAGUGAGCUGCAGACAAUCCUUCGCUUCUGCCGGAGGCCUCAGUUAUUGUCCAUGUGUUGACGUUCAGAAAAGCAAAGACUUGCAUGGACAGAGCGGCGAGGCGCAGGGCCGCAACAUUUCCGAGGAUUACUUCUCCUGGGUCAAGUUAAAAAAAGGCCUGACAUCUCAAAUGACUCCCCACGAAGGAGCAGGCUCUUGAGAAACUGUUGCUUUUCUUCGAUACACUUUUCUACAGAGAUCAUGGAAUAUCUUCUAUGAGGAUUUCAUACAACUAUGGAAGAAAUAUGGAGCUCACAUUUUAUUUUUUAGACUUGUGUGAAGAUGUGAAAUGAUUACUUUGUUUUCAAGAAUAUAUUUAUUGCAUUUUUCAUAAACAACACAAAACAAAACGUGACAUGACAAAUGAAAACAAUAAGAAAUAAAAAAAGAUAAUGGGCAUUAUAUCCAUCCCCAACCCCCGCCACCGUAACAGAGAGAGGUUACAUCAAAUAAGUCAAUACAAACAAAUAACAAGGUUACAGGGAAACGAUUUUCAGUGAAGAAGGUACAGAGAUAGAAACCUUUGGCUGGAAUUCAAUCAAUCUAUCCAGGGAUAUUUUUAGAGUUUGAUAUGUGUGAAUGUAAAACACCAUAAAAUUGCCAAUUUCAACCAAUAUUUUGGCAUUGGUUCCUGAGCAGCUUCACUGUGAA